CUGGGUUUCAGCUUUCAAGAUGGCCGCCGCAUCAGCCCGGGGUGUCUCCGCGCUCCGCCGCUGCUGCCUCCUGGGACUCCCGAUUUGAAGCUCUGUCAAUUUUGGUCGUGUUUUUCAGUAUUUUGGAGAAAUCUUUGUUGUCUCUUGCAUCAGUGUGGAUCUUUACCUCUAUAACAAGACUCCUGGACUUUGGCAAGGUUGUGUGACGAGAUCUUGGGGUGUGCUAUGGUGAGCCAGCCUCCGGGCAGUGCCAGCCUCCUUUCCUCCCUCCAGGACCAGGGCUAAACCUCUAUGGAGAUACAGUCAUCAUGGUGAAGUUGGCAAAUCCUUUAUAUACGCAAUGGAUCCUGGAGGCCAUCAGGAAGGUGAAGAAGCAGAAACAGCGCCCAUCCGAAGAGCGCGUUUGCAAUGCUGUGUCCACGUCGCACGGCCUUGAUCGCCACACUGUCUUGGAACAGUUGGAACUCAGUGUUAAGGAUGGAACGGUCCUUAAGGUUUCCAACAAGGGGCAAAACUCCUACAAAGACCCUGAUAACCCUGGCCGCUUGGCGCUACCUAAGACUGGCAGGGGCCCGGGGCGGCCAGAGGGUUUGGACUGGCAUCGGCUCUUGAGAAGGGCAUUAGAAUGGCUGGCUGAGCCAGGGGGCUCUAGUCUGAAAAGCAUCGAACGCUUUCUGUGGAGUCAGCGGGAUGUGGGGGCAUCCUUCGGUGGCAAUUCAGGUGCAGCUUCUGCUUUCCACCAGCAACUCAGGCUUGCAGUUAAGCGUGCACUGGGUCAUGGAAGAAUCAUGAAGGAGGGAUCCCUCUAUAAGCUGAACGCCAAGACAUCAGAGGGCAAGCAGGGAUGGGAAUCGUUAUCUUCCCUCCCUCCAGUUUGUCUACUGCCUCAUGAGAAAGACAAGCCCGUCGCUGAGCCCAUCCCAAUAUGCAGUUUUUGUCUGGGAACAAAGGAACAUAACCGAGAGAAGAAACCGGAAGAGCUCAUAUCGUGCGCAGACUGUGGAAACAGCGGUCACCCGUCCUGUCUCAAGUUCUCUCCUGAGCUCACCGUACGUGUUAAAGCCCUCCGCUGGCAGUGUAUAGAGUGCAAGACCUGCAGUUCGUGCCGUGACCAGGGCAAAAAUGCUGACAAUAUGUUAUUUUGUGAUUCGUGUGACCGUGGGUUUCACAUGGAGUGCUGCGAGCCGCCCCUUACACGAAUGCCAAAAGGCAUGUGGAUAUGUCAGAUCUGUCGACCACGGAAGAAAGGCCGAAAAUUACUUCACAAGAAGGCAGCACAGAUCCGCAGACGUUACACUAACCCCAUCGGAAGGCCUAAAAAUCGUUUAAAGAAGCAGAACGCAUCGACUAAAGCCCCGUUUGGUAAAGGUCGUGGCAGCCAAGGGAGAGGGAGGAAGCGCAAGUUAUCAACGUGUACGUCUUCAUCGGAUGAGGAUGGCAGGAACUCUGAACCCGCACAUGCCUGUGGUCCUGCUGUUCCCUUCAACAAGAAGACAAAAGGUCUCAUCGAUGGCUUGACCAAGUUCUUCACUCCUUCUCCUGAUGGACGCAAGGCACGAGCGGAAGCAUUGGACUAUUCCCUGCAGCGUUCACGUAAGAGAGGGCCACGCAAGUCCGGACAGGCGGACUGGGACAAUCGAGAUGGUUGGGAUUGCAAAACAGAUACAGACGAUCGACUGGGAAUGGUCUCUGACAAAGAAAUUGAACUUUUUGAAGACAUUCAGCAGCAGGCACUGCAGAAAGUGGGUGUCAGUGGUCCCCCUGACCCACAAGUCCGCUGCCCAUCAGUCAUAGAAUUUGGAAAAUACGAAAUUCAAACGUGGUACUCGUCUCCAUACCCCCAGGAGUACACAAGGCUCCCCAAGUUGUACCUUUGUGAAUUCUGCCUCCGUUAUAUGAAAAGUCACACCAUCCUACAGCAGCACAUGAAAAAAUGUGGCUGGUUCCACCCGCCUGCCAACGAGAUAUACCGGAAGGACAACCUCUCAGUGUUUGAGGUGGAUGGAAAGGUCAGCACGAUCUACUGCCAAAACCUCUGCCUUCUGGCCAAGCUCUUCCUCGACCACAAGACUUUGUAUUAUGACGUGGAACCCUUCCUCUUCUACGUGCUGACACAGAACGAUGCAAAAGGCUGUCAUUUGGUCGGCUAUUUCUCCAAGGAGAAGCAUUGCCAACAGAAGUACAACGUGUCCUGCAUCAUGAUCCUUCCCCAAUACCAGAGGAAAGGAUACGGCCGCUUCCUCAUAGACUUCAGUUAUCUUCUGUCUAAGCGCGAAGGUCAGGCUGGAUCACCAGAAAAGCCACUCUCAGACCUCGGCCGCUUGUCUUACAUGGCGUAUUGGAAGAGCGUGGUAUUGGAGUGUCUACACCACAACCAGGACCGGCAGCUGAGUAUCAAGAGGCUUACCAAACUGACCGGAAUUUGUCCCCAGGACAUUGCCGCCACGUUACAGCAAUUGCACAUGCUGGAGCUACGAGGGGACCGGGUUGUGAUGGUGCGGCGAGAAAAACAAAUCCAUGCCCACAUGAGCCGUCUGCACGCUCGGCCGCGGCAGGUGGAAGUAGAACCAGAGGCCCUGAGGUGGACGCCUGUCAUAGUCACCAACUCCGUGGUAUCUGAUGAUGAAGUGGAGUCUGAAGAUGAGGAAGAGGAGGGAGAAGGGCAACCGCUGAAGGAAAACAAUACGCCAGUGUUGAGAAGCAUGUCUCUAGAUUUCAAGGAAAGAGACACAUGCCCUGUGUUGGAGAAGGAGAAACCUCCGCGGCCUCUCAGUCCACAAUCGCCAUUACCUUGCUUUCCAAACCCACGGCAUUUCCAGGACUUAUUGCGGGAAAGCAUACCUAAUAAACCACCGACGGGAAGAGGUCGCCGAGGGAGACGAGGGCGGCGCGGCCGGGCACCAUGCUCCUCUUCUAACCGAAGUGCCGACCUGUUGCGUUUACUGGCGAGGGAAACCCCGGUACCUCCGCGGCGCAACGGUGAACGUGGCCGCGCUGGCUCUCGGAGGGGGAGGCUGAAGAGACUGGCAGACUCUAUCCUGAGAAGAGACUUCCUGGAGCAUCAAGAAAGGCUCUCCCAGAGGUAUGAGAGCGAACACGCCCAGUUAAGAAGGUUUAGUGAGAGCAGCGAGGAGGAGGAGGACGAUGAAGACGAAGAUGACGAAGAGAAUCGCAGCAUGCGCUCAGAGUCCCCGCCUAUCCUCACCAAACCGACGCUCAAACGCAAGAAGCCUGGACCACAUAGGAGACGGCGCGUGCGGCGGCGUAAGCACCAUCACAACAGCAGCGUAGUGACCGAAACCAUAUCCGAGACUACCCAGGUGUUAGAUGAACCAUUUGACGAUUCUGACUCUGAGCGCCCAAUGCCAAGACUGGAGCCGGAAGAGGAGGGAAACGACCGAGGCGGCCCAUUCCCUCCAGGAUACUUCCCCUACCUCACCCCGCACACUCUUCUAAGACGCAACCGCCCACUGGGCAAAAGGAGAUCAAUCAGCGAGCAACUGCAAGUGGCAUCAUUGAAACCACCCGCGGCGAACCUGCGCCCUCCAGUGAAUACACCGGCGCUGCCUGAGUCCCCUGCUCCUCCGCCCGUGAAGAAGAAAGGGUGGCCUAAAGGGAAGAGCCGAAAACCUCUUCACUGGAAGAAACGACCAGGACGUAAACCGGGCUUCAAGCUCAAUCGGGACCCACCUCCUGCCCCAGAGCCCGCACAUCAUCCUCCUCCUGCCCGACCAGGACGCAAACCAAGGAUACGUGAUAGAGAGGAAGAGCCUCCCGCAGAGGAUCAUGUCCCUGAGACAAAGGAACAAGAGGAGGAAGAGACGCAAACAGUGGAAGAGAAGGCUACUGAAGAAGAGGAGCCUGAGACGAUCAUCACUGCUGUGCAACCUGCAUCCCCAUCUGAGAGCAGCAGCAGUAGUAGCAGCAGUAGUGACGGUUCCUCCCGGGAAGCAGAGCAUCGUUCAGGGUCUCCAGAGCUGCAAAGGGAGCCUGUGGAAGAGCUUCAACCUGUUGUGGAAGAACACGAACCGGAAGAAGAGGAGGAGGAAAAGGGUCUGGAGGAAAAAGUAACAGCAGCACCUGCAUCAAAUCAUCAGGAAGAUCAUGAUGCAGAUGAUGAAGAUGAAGGUGCAAAAGAGCCCGAUGAAGGAGAGGAAAAGGAACAGGGCCCUGUUCCUGAGGAGCCAGAACCACAGGAGCCUUGUGUUGGAAGCAGCAGUGAAGAGGAGGAGAAGGCAGAAGGUGAGCAGGAACAAGAGGCAACAGAGGUGCCUGAUCAACCCUCAUGUAUAGAACAGCAGAAGGAGGAGGAAGAAGAAGAAGAAGAGGAGGAGGAUGAGGAGGAUGAGGAGGAUGGUGAGGAGGAAAUCCCGCACACGGAAAUAGACUUGGAGACUGUGCAAGCAGUGCAAUCAUUAACACAGGAGGAAGGAAGUGAGCAUGAUGAUGGCACAUACGGAGAUUGCGAGGAUGAGACGCUGACAGCCUGCCAGACUUUACAGAGUUUCACACAAGCAGAGGAGGACCCACAGCUGGGCUUGUCAGAUGAAUGUCAUCCCUCGGCCCAUGGCAGUCCAAUCUCUUCAGUCCAUUCUCACCCCAGCCAAUCGGUGCGCUCUGCAAGCAGUCCCAGCGUGCCUCCAGCUCUUGAAAGUAACGGAACUGGGACUUACCCUCAAAUCAGCCCCGAUGCAGGAUCCCUUUCUGCUCCAUCUAUGCAGAACUUGGAAACAACCAGCCCAAUGAUGGACGUGCCCUCUGUGUCAGAUCAUUCGCAACAGGUGGUGGAUAGCGGGUUCAGUGACUUGGGCAGCAUUGAGAGCACGACUGAGAACUAUGAAAAUCCCAGCAGUUAUGACUCCAGCAUGGGAGGUGGCAGCAUCUCCUCCCAAAGCAGCUGUUCAUAUGCCAGUGGUGGAAAUGCUAGCGGAGCCGGGGGACUGCCCUCUUCUGCCAGCAUGGCACAAAAUGGGUGUUCUGUGAGCCAACAAAUGGCUGGAAUGGCAAGCAUGCUGCAAACGACGCAGGCUUGUAGCAUUAAGUCGCCACAAAAUUGUGCCUCAGAACGCCCUCCAAGCAGCAGCAGCAACAACAACCAGCCACCACCCCCUCCUCCACCACCUCCGAUGCCCCCACAGCAGCCCCAACCUCCCCCUCAACAGCAACCCCCAAUGUCACAGUGCAGUAUGAACAACAACUUUGGCCCCUCACCAAUGAUCAUGGAGAUCCCAGACCAGGGUAAUGGCAGCAAUCUAAGCAUCUACCCAGGGGAUUUUGGGGCAGGUGGCUAUUCCCAGCCCUCGGCCACCUUUAGCCUGGCAAAGUUGCAGCAGCUUACCAACACUAUCAUGGACACUCAUCCUAUGCCUUACAGCCAUGCUUCGGCCGUCACUUCCUAUGCAAACAGUGUGUCCCUUUCCAACCCAGGCCUGUCCCAGCUUACUUCUUCCCAUCCACUGUCAGGGGCAUCCCAAGCACAAGCCACCAUGACCCCGCCUCCUUCCAUGAACCUUCUCCAGUGCAACAUGUCAUCGGGCAACCUUGGUAUCCCCCACAGCCAGCGUAUGCAGAGUCAAAUGCCUGUCAAGGGGCAUAUUUCAAUCCGCUCCAAAUCUGCACCACUGCCCGCUCCUCCAUCCCCUCACCAGCAACAGUUGUACGGGCGCAGCACGCCAGGUAUGCAGCCUUCAAGCCGGGGACUUACCGUCCAGCGAAGCAUGAACAUGGGCGUCAAUCUUAUGCCCGCCGGACCGUACAAUGUCAACACCAUGAACCAACUCAAUGCCAUGGGAGGGUACCGCAUGUCCCAGCCUAUGGUCAACAGCUCCUAUCAUAGUAACGCAGCCUAUAUGAACCAGACAUCACAGUACCCCAUGCAGGUUGGCAUGGGCAUGAUGGGUGCCCAAGCCUAUACCCAGCAACCUAUGCAGCCGAAUCCCCAUGGAAAUAUGAUGUACACACCACCUCCUCACCACUCCUAUAUGAAUUCCCCUCCUGUCCCCAAACAAACUCUCAACUCCCCCUAUAUGAGGAGAUGAGGGGGGCCCCCAGUGCAACCGGUGCAAGUUGCUCGCCUGCCCCUCAUGUUCUCUUGCAGACUAUAAAUACGGCCUUUUAUACUGACAGGACUUGUGUCCCCUCUACCUUAUAUCCCUUUGCUGUAGAUUUAAUAUUAUGUUUUUUAUUGUUAUUUUAUUUCCCUUGCAAAGAUAUACUUUUGUGGGGUUCUCCUGUUAUUUUCUCUUCUGUAGAAAGGUAUUUUUUCUUUCUUUUUUCAUCCUCUCUUUCUCAUUCUCUCUCUCUCUCUUGUCACUCUCCAGUUUAUAUGAAAGUGUCGGCGGAUUUUUUUUUAGUCCUUUCCCAUACUUUAUUUUUUUUUCCUCUAUGGUAUAACAGAAUAAAAAAAACCCCACAAAAAUAACAGAUACAAACGGUUAACGGUAAAAGUCGCACGGUCAUAGGAAAAAAA